GGAUGAACACGAAAUCCAAAAUCCCAAAAUUCUGGUUAUAGUGGACCGACUCUCCUCUCCUUCCCUCCACGUCUCUCUCUCUCUCUCUCUCUCUCUCGUUAUCUUUCCACCAUUUAUUCCUCUCAAUCAAACCCCAACUCACAUGGAGAAUGCUAAGGUUGUUGAAGCUAAAGAUGGAACAAUUGCUGUUGCUUCUGCUUUUUCUGGUCACCAGGAAGUUGUACAGGAUAGAGACCACAAAUUCUUGACAAGGGCUGUUGAAGAAGCAUAUAAAGGAGUUGAAUGUGGAGAUGGAGGGCCGUUUGGUGCCGUUGUUGUUCACAAAGAUGAAGUUGUUGCGAGUUGCCAUAACAUGGUUCUAAAACACACCGAUCCAACUGCACAUGCAGAAGUUACAGCAAUACGAGAGGCAUGUAAAAAGCUGAACAAAAUUGAGCUUUCAGACUGUGAGAUAUAUGCGUCUUGCGAGCCUUGCCCUAUGUGCUUCGGUGCCAUUCAUCUUUCAAGGAUUAAGAGGCUCAUUUACGGGGCUAAAGCUGAAGCAGCGAUUGCAAUUGGGUUCGACGAUUUUAUCGCAGAUGCACUGAGAGGUACUGGUUUCUAUCAGAAGGCUCACUUGGAGAUCAAACAAGCAGAUGGUAAUGGAGCCAUGAUUGCUGAACAAGUAUUUGAGAAAACCAAAGCCAAGUUUGCCAUGUAUUGAUUCAUAUCUCAAAACUGUCAAUUUCUAACUCUGUAAUUGCUCAACAAUCUGUUGCAUAUUUAAAUGGUAUAAAAUCUGAUGUUUCUUUGAAAAGAAAUUUGCUG